ACUGAAUCAGUCUGCGAGCGAUCGCCGUGUGGCGUGGUUGUGUAUUGUGUUAUCGCAAAUCGUUGCCGCGUAUACGAUCCUCGAAAGUAUUCGAAACUUUUCCAAGAUUAUCGGUAUGUGUUUGUGUGUUAUGAUGACUAAGUUUUGUGUUGUUAUAUUGUGAAAUAACACCAACUGUGUGUGUCCAUUUGUGUUUUACAAAGUUUAUGAGGUUGUGCAAACAGGCCACGAGUGGAUUUACUUAUUACCGGCAUUUAGUUAAACAUUCUACAAUCUACAAGAUAUUGACUGACGUUUUCAAAGUCUUCAUGAAUAAAAAGAAGAUUAAAACCCCAGCGAGUUUCCAGCUAUAAAAGGGCCAAUCAGUAGGAUGCGGCCAGCCAUCUCUCUUCUAUGCGUGUACUUCUACGCUCUCUUGUCGAGUGGGACAUCCACAGGAGAUGACAGGAGAUGGCUCGUCUCUCUCGUGGACUUAGUAGAGUUGGAUUAUCAGGACCACUGCGAUCAAAGAGCAAAGGCAACAUGGGAAGAACUGUUAGGUAGCAGUGAAGGUUUAUCACUCAAGUUGGAGCGAGACAAAGCUUUUGGAAUAUUCUCGCGCCAGCAGAAGUCAGAAGUGAACGCAGCGUACACGGCGCACUCGCUUAGCGCUGACGACGACGUGCUGCGGCGGAGGGUGAAGCUGCUAAUACAGCCCGGAGACACGCUGCUUGAGACUAAACAGUGGAUACGUCUGGUAACAUUUGGUGACACGGCACUAAACAGGCUGCGUUUCGCAACGGAUUACGAUUGUGGAUACAAUACUACUUGCACUCUGAGAGAAUUACAAAACAACAUCGCAAGGCAGCCAGAUGAAGAAAUUUUACGGAGAAUGAAGCUAUCAUGGGAAACUCACCUACCAGAGCUCCAGGAUUACCUUGAAAAUAUUCUACCUUUAUUGAAAAACGCUACCAAAGAAAAUCAAUUCAAUCUGAUAGAAGAGUAUUGGGACUCGCUGGUGGAGUACGAAGGCGCCACGCUAGCGGCCCGAGACAUCUGGCAGCACGUACAGCCUCUGUACCUGAAGCUGCACAAAUACGUGACAUUACGGCUGCGAGGCGCUGACGAGGUUGGCAAACCCCUGCCAGUACAUCUGUUCAGAUCUCUCACGGGAGAUGACUGGUCUAAUCUAAUCGAGAAUUUACUACCUAAAUAUCCAGAUAUAUAUCAGAAGGUUCACGCUAAUAUACAGUUAAAGGACAUUGGAGGAUUAAAUGCAUACAGAGAAGCAAACAACUUGCUCAAGCAACUGAAUUUAGGUGAAGUCCCCGAUGAUAUUUUAGCAGAAUCCGCUUUCAAUGGAACUUGUCCGCCAACAAUAGUUGACUGGUGUCAACCAAAUAAGUUGAGAUUUAUAACGUGUAAAGAUGUCAGCAUACAGAACUAUAUGGAUGCUCAUGAAACAGCGACGAAGAUUAGGUUUAAAUUAACAACAGCUCUGCACAGCAACAAUACUUAUAUUUUGAGAGAAGCUCCACGAUAUUCAGCUAUAUAUGAAGCGGUGCCUGGAUUUGUGUCUCUUCUGUCUUUGGAUCCCCAUACACUGGAUCGAGCAGGAUUGUAUCCCCUUGAAAGAUUUAAUUAUAAUCGGAACCAUCAUCGACUGGUCUUGCAACUUAUCAUUGCAUUGAGGGAUUUGCCCAAAUUAAACUAUUAUUUGGCGGCUGAUGAAUGGAGAAUAAAGGUUCUUAUGGGACAAAUCCAUUCAUCCAAAGUAGAGGAUAGUUGGAUUGAAUUCAGAAAAAACUUCUCAAUGAUAGAGCCGUCAAGUUCUGAUUUUCUCGGAGAUCCUUAUAUUUUGUUUAACAAGCCAUACAUUGGAAAAUUUUUGGGGCUCAUAUUCAAAUAUCAAAUUUAUCAGUCAUUUGCUGAGGAACUGAUUUCUGAUGAUUUAGAUUUAAUAACACACGUUUUCAAAAGUAAUCAACGUCUCAUUGAUGUCAUGAUGCAAGGUUUUGGGAUUUCAUGGCCUGAAAUGAUCAGCGAUUUGUUAGUGAAACGUGAAAAUGGACUGGAGUAUAACGCACUCACAGAUUACUUCAGACUGUUAGAUGAAUAUUUAGACAAUCAGUUAGAUCCAGCAAGUGAACAUACUAUCGAAGAUUAUAACGAACCUCCUCCUGAAGUUGAUUUACAAGAAAACGAAAUUUCCGAAGAGGAGAGUAGUUUACCAAAAUCGGAUGUAAAUGAGCACAAAGAGGUUCCUAAGAAAACUCACGAUAAUACAUUUGAUAAUAUAAUAGAGAUUGAUGAAGAUUCUAAUACGAAAUAUGAAACUUCCACUGUAGGUGUAUUGGAAAUAAAGAACCCAGUGGCAGCUGGAGAUCAAAGUGAUGACCAACAUCCAAAAGAAGCUUCUUACAACGUUUACUGGUGGAUCGGUGUAGCGGUGGCGUUGGCAGUAGUGGUAAUAUUAGUAGCAAUCAUCGCAAGGAAACGACACAAUCAUAGAAAACAAUUAGAAAAACAAAGGAGAAGACAAGCUGCCUGAUUUGAAGAAUAUCGGUUCUAAGUGAACCGAUAUACCUAAUAUGAUCAGAACACUAGUGAAAUUGUGCCAAUACGAUGCAUACGGUGUGUAGUACAAAUGUGUUGAUGGUUAAAUGUUUUAUGUCAUGAUUUCAAUGUGCUUAAUUUGGUUUAGAUAAUAUUGGUGUAAAAAUGGAUUAUUUAUUCUUACUCUAUGGUGCUCUAUAUUUUUAUAAAUUCCAUUUCCACUGUUGCAUUUAUGUUUGUCUUUUUUCGUUGUGUGUUUGUGAUUUUGUUUCUUUUGCAACUGUAUAAUAUUCUUAGAUAGUAAAGAUGAAAAAAAAAAUAUUUUUGUACAUAUCACAAUUUGAAAUAUAUAGUGUAAUGAUGGUUACCAACUGUACUAUAGGUGUAAAUUCUAGUUAGAUGUAAUUUCGCCGUGCCUUAAGCGUUUCAAUUUCGUAUAAGUAAAGAAAUAUUAUAUUAAAGGAAACGAUCAAAUUUGUUACAAAUAAGGUAAUUUUAUAAAUCUCUAUUUACUCUGCUCUUAAAGACCAAACCAUUACAUGUUUUUGUUAUCAAAUCAUAUUAUUUAUUUACUAACAUUUUUAUUGUUUUAAAAUUAUACCCAGUUAUGUAAUAACACUUUUCUAAUUGAUGUAUUUUAAUUUAAAUCUUGUGUAUUUAUAUGAUUUGUAGUUUACUAACUCUCGUUAGUAAGCAUAUUAAAUAGUGAAAUUGUCUCAGAAUUUGAUAAAAAGAGUAAAAAAUAAAUGUUUUAAACAAAA